ACACAACUGCUCUCUACUCCUCAGCCCCACUCCAGCCCAGACAACACCAUGACCGGCUCCUGCUGUGGAUCCUUCUCCUCCCAGAGCUGUGGAGGCUGCUGCCAGCCCUGCUGCUGCAGAGACCCCUGCUGCUGCCGCCCAGUGUCCUGCCAGACCACAGUGUGCCGCCCUGUGACCUGUGUGCCACACUGCACUAGGCCCAUCUGUGAGCCCUGCCGCCGCCCCAUCUGCUGUGACCCCUGCAGCCUGCAGCAGGGCUGCUGUCGCCCCAUCACCUGCUGCCCCACCUCCUGCACAGCUGUGGUCUGCAGACCCUGCUGCUGGGCCUCCACCUGCUGCCAGCCCAUCUCUGUGCAGGCUCCCUGCUGCAGGCCCCCCUGCUGCCAGCCUGCUCCCUGCCGCACCACCUGCAGGACCUCCCCCUGCAACACCUGCUGCUGAGCCAUCUAAUGUAUGACUUUGUCAAUGAACAGAA